AUGACAGAGAGCGUGCCGACACCAAACGUCGCCUCCCUGGUUGAUUCUCGGGUGCCGUGGUGGUUGCUGCUGGCGGCCUGCGGAGGCCUGGUCGCCAGUGUGACGUGGAACUUGCUGGAGCGGCGUCGCGCCUACGUCGAUACCGCCCGAGAGGAGCUUAUCGAGGAGGUGACGCACGAGCAGGCGUCGGACAAGAUGGUGGAGCUGCUGCGGCGGAACCACCGGUUUGCGCACGGCGAGCUGGCGCCCCUCCGCACGGCCCUGGCCAGCGGCCAGCGGCCCUUCGCCGCCGUGGUGUGCUGCGCCGACUCGCGGGUCUCCCCCGAGCUCAUCUUCGAAUCGGGACUGGGCGAGCUGUUCGUCGUCAGACCGGUCAUCAGGACGGCCGGCAACCUAGUGGAUGAAAUCGCGCUGGGCAGCCUUGAAUUCGCCGUGGAGCAUCUGGGCGUGCAGCUCCUGCUCGUCCUGGGCCACGGGAAGUGUGGCGCCGUGUCCGCCGUGGUGAAGCUAACCGCCAACUCGCGUGUAGCGGUGGCUGCUGCCCAGGCCGAUGGCGGCCACCAACACCAUGAUGACAACCACCCAGCGCAUCACAUCGCCCACCUCGUGGCUAAGAUCCUGCCGGCGGUGCGCAGCGCCAUGGAGGUGGUCUCCAUGGAGGCCGGGGAAGUGGACCAGGAGCGCCUGCUCGAUGUGGCCAUCAGCGAGAACGUGCUGGCCACCCAGCACGAGAUCCUCAGCCGCAGCUCCAUCCUGCGUUCCUUCGCCGCCCACAAGAAGCUCGCCGUCCGGUCGGGCAUCUACUGCCUCAGCUCUGGUGUCGUCUCCCUCAUCGACCCGUAA